AUGGGACCAAACGAACGGAAUGUCCAAUCGAUGUCGGAGAUUACUCACCUCAACGUUUUUGAUUUCUGGUGCAUCUCCUAUACCGAGGAGAUCGCUACUUACCAGCUGCUGUCGGAGGCAUGCCGUAGUGCUCUAACGCGAGUGAUGGUCCUUGAGACUUCGCUGGACUCUAUCGUGCAAGACUCGGCCAGUUUGAUACGCUGUAUCAGUGAAAGCGAGAAGAGAAUGGAGAUUGAGGAGGAUCNNNNUUUGAAUUUCAGCUCAGAGUGGCUAAAGAUUGGCAAGGGAAGAAGAUAG